GGAAGUGAGCUGUUAGCCUGCUGUUGUGGAGGGAAGCCGUUAGCCCGUUAGCUCGCUGUGUGUUCGGAGGACAGUUCGCUGCUGGUUUUUCGCGCUUUUCGGAGCUCCCGUCAUGGCGUAUCAGCUGUACAGAAACACGACGCUGGGGAACAGCCUGCAGGAGAGUCUGGACGAGCUCAUACAGACUCAGCAAAUCACUCCUCAGCUCGCUCUUCAGGUCCUCCUUCAGUUCGAUAAAGCCAUAAACACAGCGCUCGCCAACCGAGUCCGCAACAGAGUCAAUUUCAGGGGAUCUCUGAACACAUACAGGUUCUGUGACAACGUGUGGACGUUCGUUCUGAACGACGUUGAGUUCAGAGAGGUCACCGAGCUCGUGAAGGUCGACAAGGUCAAGAUUGUUGCCUGUGAUGGAAAGAGCGAGUCGACCCAUAACAAAACCGAUAAAUGACUGAAGCUCUGGCAGCGCAGAGCGACUUCGACCUGGUGGGAGUUUCUCUCUGGACCGAAGCCACGGGCGGACCUGGACUGUACAUAUAACUUAUUACAGCAGUCACCUGUGUGGGUGUGUCGUGUACACCUGCGGCAGUUUUUUUUUUAUUAUUGUUUACAGGAAGUUUUUGUUCAGUUUGCUGUGAUUACUGAGCUGAAUCAUUAAUAAAAACUUAAGACGUU